AUGAACAAGCCAAAGCAAACCCCAUCAGAAAAAGCUGUGACGCCUUCAAAGCGUGGGACGGGCCACAGACGCUCAUCAUUAGCCCUUUACAUAAGGGGGGAAGAAGCCCAAGACGGAGAUGAAGCACAGGCUAAUCAGCGGCUCAAGCAGAAGGAUCAGGUGCAGUUGACCCCUGAAGAGCUUCGCCAGCGCAUGCCACCGAAGAUCUUGUAUCCCCAAAAUCCUCGCGCGCCGCAGAAUAUUACUCGUUUUUCUUUUAAAGAUAACCAGUUCAAGAAAGAAGGCACAGUUGAACAAACUGUAUUUCAUUUAUCUAUUGAGAGUGCGCUGCUUCUCAAAGACAGCCCAGAGGCUGCAGAGCAAGAGGAACUUCUGCGACUUCGAGAGCAAGCCAGAGAGCGUCGAAGAGAGUUAGAGGCUGUUGAAGUAGCAAUUGAAGACGACGGAGCUACACAAGACGAGGAAGGGCGUGUCAUACGUAAUCAGUUCAACAAUGUGGAUAGGGCCACGCAAAUCAAAAGUUGCGCCACAGUGGAGCAGAGCUGCUCAACGCUGCCACCGCCCAAACGGCUAUGCUGUGGAACUGCAAAUCGCUGGAUCAUUUACGACGCUUACAUGAAAGAAGCUGAGGCACAAAACAGAAAGGAUAGCGAGGCAAAGGUGCUCCAAAAGAAUCACUAUUCCUACCUACCUGUGAACAGUUAA